ACUUUAAAAAUAAAAGUAAUUUAUUUUAAUUUUACUUUCAUUUGUGUCUGAGAUUGUGAUAAUCAUAUCAUGCCUUCUUUUAAUUGCUUUCUUGUGCGAUCACUGAACUAUAUACUGAAGGAACCAUGCGUUGUUAUUUUCUACUUUGAAUGAUUUUACACUUCUGAUGUUUUUUUUAACUUCCUUGCUAAUCUUGACUUGAAUUGGGUUAACAGAGCUCCUGUUAAUUAGCUAUUUGUCUAACAAGUCUAACAGAUGGAUCAACAAUAUGUAUAAAUUUGUGGUAAAUUAGAACUAAUAUAUAUACACUUUAGCAGUGGUGAAGCUACGAUUUUCACUAAGAGCUAUCAAAAUAUAUUAAAAAAACAUAAAGGGGAUUUGACUUUAUAUAGUAUUAAUACAUGAGAGAAACUUUUGUCUAGCUAUCCUAGUGUAAUUUUCUGGUUUUGGUUAAAGGUGGCUCAGCCACUACACUUUACAACAACAACAACAAAAAACUCAGUGUAGUCCCAUAGGUGGAGUCUGGGGAGGGUAAUAUGUACACAGACCUUACCCCUACCUUGUGAAGGUAGAGAGGUUGUUUCCGAUAGACCCUCGGCUCAGGGAACAGUAAAAUUAAAGUAACAAACAGUUGCAACAACAAUGCAACAGGAGCAAUAUAUAAGUGAUACUAUUUGGUUUAUUACAAGAUUAAGACCAGUGUAAGUUGCUUCUGUUGUAGCCUAACUUGGCUACUCUGAAGUAUUAACUAGCUAGAAUAAAUUGGUAAAAUGCCUUCAAAGCGAAAGCCAUAUAUUUUCUUGACAGACUUAAAGUUUUAUAAGCAGAAAAGUGUAACUUGUUUUUUUACAGUAUUAGGUCUUUUAAAAGCCAACUACAUGUAAAUUGUCUAUAAUAAGCAUGCUCAGUGGCAUGUUAAAGAUGGUAACCUGUUUAACUGGAACUACAUUUAUAAUGUAAAAAGUAAUUGUUGUUGGUGUAUAUAACUUAAAUUCUUCUUUGACCGAGCUUUUGAACAUUUAAUACCAUUAUUUUCACUAUCAUUCCCAUAUAUUUGGGAAUGAUAGUGAAAUCUCAUGCUUGGAAGAUUACGUUAAACAAUGCAGAGAUUGUUUAUAAGUUAAACAUGUACUGAUAAAUAGUCUCCAUUUUGUUGGUUUUGUAAGGCAAGAAAUGAGUUUACUUUUGCCGGGAAGAGUACUUAACUUUUACCACUUAAAAAUGAGAAGGUUUCAUUCUGGCAACUGACAUAAAUUGUCUGUCACGAGUUCGAACUGUGGAAUCAGCCAUCGAUGUUUGCAUCAGGGCAGACUGCCUACAUCACACCCCCUUGGGGUGUGGCCCUCUCCGGACCUUGCGUGAACGCGGGAUGCUUUAUGUUCUGGGUUGCCCUUUUUUGUAGACUGUGAUGCACUUGCUACACUUUUCUGUUAUCAAUGGCACGCUUAAAACGCGCUUAAGCCCUAACUCAAAACAUGUAGAGUGCUUCGCCUUGUUUAGUGGACGCUUUAGUGUUGUCAUCAAGGCUCUAAGGCAUAUUUUUCCUUGCCAAUGAACGUAAUCCCGAAGAAGAGACAUUAAACAAUUGAUAUUUCACUUUAUUGUAAAUUUUCUUCAAUUUCUUUGUCCAUAUAUUUGAUAUUCAUGCUUAUAAUGUUAGUCUUGGACUACACAUACAUAUUUGUAGUUUUUCUCUAUUUGUGCCUUUCUUCAUUAAAGCCCGCGCUUUAUUUGCUCUUUGUGCUUAAAGCCCCAACAGACCUUAGAGCUUUUUUUAUGCUUUUCGCCUUUGCUAAUACUGCUACACUUCUUUAGUACUUUAGAAAGUGACAAUUUCUAUCUUCUGUUCUUCCUGUUAUUUGAUACUGAUUUUGGAGAGGAUUCAUUUAGGGGUCUGUUUUUCUUUCUUUUGUUGCUCAAUUAUGUCUCAUUUAGUUAGUUUUGUAAUUUUCCAUUGAAAACCUCUGAUGCGUUGAUUGGUUUCCACUAACUAAAUUCAACUGUCUGUCUUUGCUCACAGUGGCGAAGCCACAAGGUCACAAGGGUGGUCAACUGACCACCCUUUGCCGAAAAAUUGCAUUGUGAAUAUAGGUAAAAUAUUACGUUUUAGAGGUCCAAUGUUAAGAUGACUCACCACAGCAUGAGCUGGGAUAUCGAGCUAUGAACUUAUCAUCAUAGAAUUAUUUUAGAGCUUUCUGAUUGCAUAGGAUUUACGUCAUGAGGGACAGGUGGCCAAGAGGUAAAAAGUGGCUUAAAUUGUCAUCUGUAGAAACAAUCGCGCUUGAACAGCUGAGACGAAGCACAACAUCAAGGGAAACAAAACAAGAAAUGGAAAAUAAUUUAGAAACCAAGGGGACCUGGCUUCCUUAUGACUUGCUUUUUAAGGUUUUUCUUCUACUUCCAGCUGAAACUCUCUGCAGACUGCGUUGCAUAUGCAGGACACUUCUCAACAUGAUCAACAGUCCGGCUUUUGUUGAAGCUCACUUUCGUCAAUCUGAGACAGUUCUAAUUACUCAAAAGUCCUUUCGCGAGGAAAACAUACGGUCACCUUUUCCACUACCUUCAGAUAAGCCAAAUCAAUGUUACUUCCAUUUCUGGGACAUCCAUAGCGGUAAAGGCCACAAAGUUUGUAUGCCAAAUUUGAGGAACUUAGAGUGCGUUUUGGCUGCCUGCAACGGUCUGGUCCUGGCUAGAAUUAAGAAAAACGGAGGUCUAGUAGUUGUAAAUCCAAGUACAAGGAACCACAUUAGAAUGCCUCUUGGUACAAUUGGUUUCGUGCAGGAGUGCUACGGGUUCAUGUUCAGCCACUUCACAGGUGCUUAUAAAGUAGUACACUUGUUCCGCGACGAACAUAGACACAUCCGCUGUGAGAUCCUGAACCUUACUACAAGAUCAUGGCAUGCAGUGGAUGGACCUAAUUCAGGAGAAUUCGGAUCAAUCAGUACUACUCGUAGAUCUGUUUCAGCAGUUGGCGCUUUGUAUUGGCUUCCAAAGAGGGACAGUUGUAACCAUGUUGUGUCUUUGGGAUUUCAUGAUGAGAAGUUCCAAACUGUACCUCUACCAAUCAACAGCACAAAAAACGAUCGUCUUGUUGAGAUUGGAGGCACCCUGAGCUUCAUAACUCAUGCAACGUUGAAUUUGAUUCAGGUAUGGAUAUUGAAAAAGGAUGGCUUGAGGGAAAAUUGGAUAAAGAGAUAUAGCAUCAAUAGGUUGUAUGAUAUCACAGGAUUUGUUCCGCUUUGUGCUUCGACGACGGAAAUAUUUUUCAAGAGAAGAGGAAACCCUUUGUUACAUAUUUACAAUAUUGAAGCUGAAGAAAUGGAGGAGGUUAAUGUUGGAGAUGUGCAAAUGUACAUGCCUCAUGUAAAGUCACUUGUUUCAUGGGAUAGUCCUCAAGGUCAGUGGGAUGUGUAAAUAUUCAAUCAGCAGACUGUUUGUGCUGUUAAAACUUCCGAAAGCUAGUUGGUUUUGUUCCUAAAAUCACUUUCCAAAUAGUUGGAACACAUUUCAGUGUUUUUCUUAGAGGUUGGAGGUGGGAUUUCUACUAAUAGUACAAUGUGUUUCUUUCAAUUGUAUAUUUGUUUGAACAUUUCGAGUUGAUUUUACCAUGCUAUUGAGGUUUUGUUAAGCUCCAGGAUUUAAUUCGAGUUUUGUAAUGGGAGUUUAAUAUGUUCACUUUU